GGCUGAGGGCGCUGUCAGCACUGUGUUUUGAAGCUUGUAGUCAGAUUAAAUAAGAGAAUAAGAGAACCGUGGCAGUUAAAAGAGGGGCCAAGAUAGCAGGAAGGACUCACUUUAAGCCUUGAGAAUUGCUGUCAUGACGCUCGCUGAGAUUAUCUUCAUUUUUACCGGGACUUGUGCUGUCCUGGUUUUUGGAGGGAAAUUAGUAUGCCUGUUUAUGAUGCUUGUCCCGAAGCUCUUCUGUCCUCUUCCUAAGUCUUUUUUCACCACACUAGGGAAAUGGGCAGUGGUCACUGGAGGGUCAGAUGGAAUAGGAAGAGCAUAUGCAGAAGAGCUUUCCAAACUAGGUAUGAGUGUGAUAAUCAUCAGCAGAAAUCAAGAGAAACUUGCCAGAGCAGCAAGGAAGAUCGAGCUCACUACAGGACAGGAAGUCAAAGUAAUAGCUGCUGACUUCACCAAAGAUGACAUAUAUGGACACAUUAAUGAAAACAUCAAGGGUUUGGAUAUUGGAAUUUUAGUGAACAAUGUCGGGAUUCUGCCCAGCCAAAUACCCUGCAAGCUACUUGAAACCUCUGACUUAGAAGAAAGAAUACAUGAUGUUAUCAACUGCAAUGUAAAAGCCAUGGUUAAGAUGUGCAGAAUUGUGCUACCAGAGAUGCAGCAAAGAGGAAGAGGAGUGAUUCUGAAUGUGUCCUCUGGCAUAGCCAAAAUACCCUGCCCCAUUUACACCCUGUAUGCCGCAUCCAAGGUUUUUGUUGAGAGAUUUUCACAGGGUCUUCAAGCAGAAUAUAAAUUCAAAGGAAUUAUUAUUCAGACGGUGGCUCCAUUUGGGGUGUCAACAGCAAUGACAGGACAUCAGAAGCCAGAUAUGGUCACAUUCACACCUGAGGAGUUUGCAAGGAGCUCACUGAAGUAUCUAAAACUAGGAGACCAAACAUAUGGCAGUGUCACUCAUACCAUACUGGGCGGGAUUGUGCAGUCCAUUCCCACCUGGGUCCUGCAGAGCAAAGCGUUUCAGCAUCAUUUCAGGGAAUAUGUGAAGGAGAAAGUCGGAAGCUGAGAGUUGUCCCUCUCUUAGUGUGUGUGUGUGUGUGUGUGUGUGUGUGGUAUUGAACAUUUGAUACUUUAAAAGCACAAUUGUUGUGUUUGUUUGCACUAAUUAUGACAAUGCUGCAUGUCAAAAAUCUAAGGCUGGGAAAGAAAUGGAGAGGACUAAAAACUGGCAGGCCUUUGUUUGCCCAUGGUCCUUCAAAAUAUAUGCCAUAUCAGUGUCAAUAAUGGAACAUAUUAUCAUUAUUAAUCAUAAUCAUGUCAGUAGACAGGAGAUAGCUGCUGUGCUGACCUUGAUAACAUUAACAGAAGGUCAAUCUCAGAAAGGCCAAAUGACAGAGUAAAAGAUGUGGCCUUGUUAUUUUCUAUCUAUAUUUUGCGAUCAGAAAAUGUUCUUAUUUUUAGAGCAUUUUAUAAAUAACAUUAAUAGCCCCAAAACACUUAAACAGAUAUUUGGCGCCACAUACUGGUUAAAUGCACUUUGACAUGAUGAUCUUUAAAGCUUGAAGGUAAUGUAAUUGUUUGAUAUUGUUGUCAUUAUAUCCCAUUAUAUCAAUUAAUCACUGUAUCAAUAGCAAAAUUACAUAAUGAAAACACUGAUAUGUAAACAGCACCUAAAGAACACGCACAAUUUGUAUUUAUUUAUUUUAAUAUAGCCUACAUUUACAUAUCUAAACAUAUUACAACAGUCUUUUAAAAUAACACCAGAAUCACAUCAGUAAUUACUGUAUAUCUAACUUACCUUUUUUUUAAGCUCUGUUUUAAAGAGCUACUAGUUGUGUUUUGACGUUCAGCCAGCAGAGGGCAGGUUUUUGAUUCUGCAGCAUUACAGAACCUGAAGCACAUCACUUUUGGUGGAGUGAUUGAGUGAUUGAUCUCUGUGUGGACAAGGUUCAUGUCUUGAAGAUGUUGAGAAGGUAAAGGACACAAACAAGUGCAGUCUGAUGGGGGAUUUCCGUCGCAGAUGUAGUAUUUUAAUAAAGUUGUUCACCCUUGAGCGAGCUGUUCUGAUAAAAAUACAGCUGACAAGAUAACUAUCAGUUUUCACUUAUAUGAAAGGGGUUUGUGUUUUUACUACAGGGAAUUUCCACGGAUAAUUUAUAAUGCUACUUGUAACAGAAAAGACAUUUAUGUGGAAUAAAGCUAAGGCAAUAA